UGUUUAAAGAUUAUUUUAUAGGUUCCUUCGUAAACUUCCGGUUUGCUUCUCAUGCGAAGAAAAGAUAAUUUGCGGUUGUUUUGUGCGCAAAACUGCACAGCAGAAUGAGUUCUGCAAGCAAGGUUGGCGAAAUAUUCACUGCAGCAGGUGCUGCUUUUACUAAAUUAGGGGACCUCACUCUGCAGCUUCAUCCCACAGCGGAACAAAGUCCCUCAAGUGGAAAAUGGACACCACAUGAAGUAGACAUGUUGAAAAAUGCUGUCAAACGUUUUGGAGAUGAUCUAGACAACAUUAGUGAAAUCAUCAAAACAAGGACGAUUUCUCAGAUUAAAACACAGAUGAAGAGGAAGGCAUAUGAAGAUGCUGGGCUUCCUCAACCCACAGAGCCUUCACCCAAAAAACUGGCAGUGAGGGCUGAAAAAACUCCACAGGUUACCGUGAAGACAGUGACCUCCAGUGCUUCCGUAGAAUCUCAACCUAAAAAACAGCCACAGAAUGAUGUGACAUUGAGUGCCCUGAACGCACCCGAGAGUGAUGUAGACAUUGAAGGUGAUUCUUCUUCAUCAAAACGUUUGGAUUUUGAUUCAGAUGUGGACUCUAGUAUGCUGUGAAUCAAGGGAGAGUACUCCGGACCAUGGCAGCAUUUUAGAAAUUAUUUGUCAUUUUAACGUUUAAUGUUCUGUAUUGUGCAAUUCAUUGAUGAAAUUUCAAACAAAUAGUGAAUUUUUAACUAGAAGUGUAUAGUCUGGAUAGCAUAUUGUGAAAGAUGCUGAAAAUGAAAAGUAUGCAUUAAAAACUUGUCUGAUUGGAUUUUGCCAAUUUCAUUGAGUUCCAAGUAUUUUUCCACCCCUCAUACUAGCUUGCUAAAUGACCACAUUAGAAAGUAAACAUAUGGUAGACAUUUAUGUGAAAGUUUUAGUAUUUUUAUCAUUUUCUUGUGUCAUGUAAACCAUAUUUCAUCUGCCAAAUGUUUUACAAUUUGGUACAUACGUAUUUUUACAUGUAGUUGCAAUUGUGUUAUUAAAUGCUGAAUGUGU